GUACAGUCCUCCAUACUGGAGCUGUCCUCCGAAAUGCACUGGCAUGGAGGUACAGUCCUCCAGACUGGAGCUGUCCUCCGACCAGCACUAGCCUGGAGGUCCAGCGAUACCUCCGAGCAGCCAUAGCCUGGAGGUCCAGCUAUACCUCCGAGCAGCAAUAGCCUGGAGGUCCAGCCGUACCCCUGAGCAGCACUAGCCUGGACGUCCCGCUGUACCUCUGAGCCCACCCCACCAGGAAUGGGUGUCAGGCACUGGGUUCUGACAGAGCAUUGCACAUGACCUCAUGCUAAAUUAUUACAAUGGUGUGAAUGACCGACGUUGUGUCGCCCACGGCCCUCAGCGAAGUCCAGCUCCGGCUCCUCUGCCACGAUGACAUAGAGAGCGUCAAGUUGCUCUGCGGCGAUUGGUUCCCAAUCGAAUACCCAGACUCAUGGUACCAGGACAUUACCUCCAACAAAAAGUUCUUCUCCCUAGCUGCCACCUUCAAAGGAGGCAUCGUGGGAAUGAUAGUGGCCGAGAUCAAAGGCCGGACGAAAGUACACAAAGAGGAUGGAGACAUCCUGGCUUCCAGUUUCCCUGUGGACACACAGGUGGCCUACAUACUCAGCCUGGGGGUGGUCAAGGAGUUCAGGAAACACGGCAUAGGCUCCCUGCUGCUGGACAGCUUGAAGGAGCACAUCUCCACCACCGCGCUGGACCACUGCAAGGCGGUGUACCUGCACGUGCUCACCACCAACGCCAACGCCAUCCACUUCUACGAGAACCGCGACUUCCGGCAGCACCACUACCUGCCCUACUACUACUCCAUCCGCGGCGUGCUGAAGGACGGCUUCACCUACGUCCUCUACAUCAACGGCGGACACCCGCCCUGGACAAUUUUCACUGACUACAUCCACCACAUCGGCUCCACCCUGGCCAGCCUGAGCCCGUGCUCCAUCCCCCAGCGCCUCUACCGCCAGGCCCAGGCCCUGCUGCGCUCGCUGCUGCCCUGGUCCAACCUGGCCUCCAAGACAGGCAUCCAGUACAGCCGCACCAUGUGACCGCCGCCGCGCAGGGACAGCAGUCUCGUACCAGGAGACCUCGUUGGGAGUCUCCCCUGGAUACACACACCUGCAUCCCCAUCAUCAUCACCACACCACACACACACACACACACUCACACUCAAGCUGAGAACCUGAGACUGGCAGGUUCAGCCCUGCCUUUCUUCCUGAGCGAACCUUCUACCUGUCCGUCACGUUCACCGGGAAUGUGUAUUUGAUUUGUACAUCACUUAUUAUUUGAUAUGUACAUAUAUAUAUAUUUAUUCAUCUAAAUAUAUAUAAAUAUAUCAUGUCUAAAUGUAUAUAUAUUCUUUGCCAUGAGGAGUCCGACUUUGCUCUCUGUUUGGGCUCCUUAAGUGUCUGCUCUGAGUGGACAGCUGGGGUGUCUCUUCAUUUCAAAGGGAUCACAAGAAAGCUAGUGUGACGGAACGGCUCUUAAACACGGCCCGCGGACCAUGCACUGUCCUGGAGUGGGCCCCGGACAAAGGCCACUAGACCAAGGGUCAUCACAGCCCCUCUCACAGCAGGGCGACCAUGUUGUGUCUGAGAGGGACAUGCUCCCUCUUGAGAGGAUCACCCACUGGCGGUGUGUAGGUGGGAUAUACGUUCCCAGGCACGCAGGUGCGCCCGGCCCAUCAGAACAACUACUAUCGCCUUCCUCUCCUCGCCCUCGGCUGUGUUCAGUCCUCAAACCCUGAACCUAACGUACACAGAGCAAGCUUUUGUUAUACAGUCAUGAUUGAGGCUUCUUCCCCCCCCCACCCCCACCCAGGUUUAAGUUCAAGCCUUUUUAAAAUCUUGCCUAAAAAUGCCGCACGGGAAGCCUUUUUAUUUAUUCUUUUAGAGAUAGUGACGGCAGGCCUAUAGGCUGACGUGUGUGUGUGUUGGGCGCGUACAUGUGUGCGUCGCGUGUGUGUUUGAAUGCAUGCGCCUGUGUACGUCGCGCGUGUGUGUGUUUGUAUGCGCGUGAGUGCAUGCGUGCGUGCCUGCGUGUGUGUGUGUGUGUGUGUGUGUGUGCGUACGUGUGUGCGUGCGUACGUGUGUAUGUGAUCGGUCGCCGCUGUGCUGAUCUGCCUGACCUACUCUCCUUCAGACCUACCGACUCGGCCUGACUCGCGACAGCUCUCUCGGCCGCGGACGGCCCGGGUCGACCCAGGGGACCCUGUGGUGGGUGAGCUGCUCUCGCUGGGACGCCCAACCCUCUGACGUUCUGGGCGCUUAGCUGGGCGUGGGAGUGGGAACACACCUCUCCCUAACCUCUUGUCCCCCACUGCUCUGUACGUUGUUCACUGCAGACAGGCCUAAUGAUGGGGGGCCACAGAGAGGUGCUUUGGGUUCAGAAGUGUUUUUAUAAACCCUGUAAAUAAUAAUGUUGAUAGUAGAUACUUUAAGAUAUAUUAAGACUUUUUUUUUAGAUAUUGGUUUUCUUUUGACAACUUGUUUAGCGUCGAGCCCACAAAUCCUUCAUUUGGUCCGAGAUGAUAAAAGCGAAGUUUCUGUCACGGAAAGAUAUGUUGGGAUUUUCAUACGUUUUCUUUUUAUUAUGAUGGAUAUGGUUGUUUGAUGACCAUGCACUCCCAAGAGAGGACCUCAUUUUGUCUAUAUUUAAUUGUGGACUAUGUGAGCGAUGAACAAUGUGAUACAAAUAAAUUAUUCCAAUAUCAGAAUUCUA